AUGUCUGGGAGAAGGAAAGCAUUCGAUGAGAGAAAAGAAGACCAGGCCCUGGUUCAACCCAUCGCCUGGGUGGUAAAAGCGAGUAUGAAGUUCACCACGCAGCAAGCAGUCGCGGGCUCCAGCUUCCCCUGCCGCCCGCAGCAGGCGAGGCGAAAUUCAAAUUCCCAAGUUGCGCUUUCGCUGCUGAAUAACUCGGUAUGGCUGCCCGUCGCUUCCUCGGAGAAAGACGCAGUAGCACAUCCGGCGCAGAGAAACGAAAAGGUAGACAAGUCGCAGCGCUGGGCGGAGGCAAAUAAUAAUAAUAAAAAUAAUUCUCCGCAUAUUAAGCUUGCACAAGACAAGGACGGUGAUGCGCGAGGACAUGUUGGCGAAACAGGGGGUAAGGAGGAAACUUGGGCUGUUUGGAGGAAGUUUGACGGUGAACACAGGAAAAAAACCGGCCGUCGAUUCGACCGUGUAGCCGAUGAUCCUGCUAGCUACGAGGAAUCUUCAUCGUGGAGCAGAGUGGAUGGUUGUCAUGAAGAUGCAAAAGAUGAAUAUCAGCAACUGAAAAUCUACCGUUCUGACAACCUCCCAAAUCCUGUAUGGCAGACAUCGGAAUCGAACCGUUCCAACACCACUGUUGCCAAUUAA